AUGGCAGAUGGAGACAACGAUAUAGUAUUGAGCUUUAAUGACAGUUUGUUGCGGAAAUCGGACUUGAAACUCCUUGAAGGAGCAAAUUGGUUAAACGAUAAACUCAUAGGAUUUUGCUUCGAGUAUUUUGAGAGAGAGCAGUUCAGCCACUCUGCUGAUAGGUUGUGCCUGAUUAGCCCUGAUGUAACACAGUUCAUAAAGCUUUCUCCAGCUGAGGAGCUAGGAGUCUUUUUGGAGCCACUGAAUCUCAAGGUGAAAGAGUAUGUGUUUAUGGCUGUCAAUAACAACAGUAACCCUGAGAAUGCAGGGGGCACACACUGGAGCCUGCUGGUGUACAUCAGAUGUCGACAGGAAUUUCGUCAUUAUGAUUCCUCUGGGAGUGCAAACAAGGAAAUAGCAAAGCAGUUGGCCUACAAGAUACAACCCUAUGUCCUUGCUCCUAGAGGGAGAAUGAAAGUUAUUGAAGCAGAUAGCCCUCAGCAACAGAAUGGAUAUGACUGUGGGCUAUAUGUGAUAGCGACUGCGGAACACAAGUGUAAAGAACUGUGUGAAGGUUUCUGUGUGUCUCUGUCAGACACUGUCAACAGUACUACGAUGAAAAACAAACGGCAGCAGCUCAUACAGCUCAUACAAAAGGUUUCCUCCGAGUUCUCCGGCAGCUGACGGAGCUGACUGACCAGCUCCAAAUUUCCAUGUACAAAUUACAAUAUACCCAGUAUGUAUCUGUGUACCUAUACACACAGCUGAUGACAACUGGACAUUUGUAUAACCUAAUUUGUGUGUUAUACUCAGCAAAAGACAGAUCUGUGGUAGACUUCGAGUUUUGUUAAUAUUAUAACUUUUAUAUAACCCCAGAGGGCUAGUCCUUACAGAGGGGUCAAACGAAUACCAUACUAAUUAGAUAUUAAUCACAUCUCAAAUUUAUCACACUUUGUCAAAUCAGCUUUAUGGUCUCCAAAGCACCUUAAAGUAUUUGUUUUGAAUUUGAUAUGUUCUGAAGUUGAUUAGGCUUUAAAACUACCUCACAUACCGUACAUAUGAUUAUUUACUCACAUGUGUACUUAACAAAGGGUACUACAAUGUAUUACCCUGGGUAGCAUGAGGUACCUAAAAAACUGCCUAAUAAGUUUAUUUGGAAUGAUUCAUUGUUCUGUUUACAUGAAAAAGUACCGAUAAUGAAAUUGAAAAAUUGGUGCCAAAUAUUCAUUGCAAAAUAUCAGAAAACUCUCUUUUUACUGUAGUUUAAGCAGCUUACUAUGGUUUUCCUUAUGCAGCUGUUCUGUCUUUGUAAUGUAGAGUUGCACUCGCCAAUGAUCAUGUCCCAAAAUAAACACUCAAGAUGACAAUCAAAUUUAACUUACCUAUUAAAGCAUGAAUUUCUGUUUCCAGUUUUCAAGUAGUGAAUGGGAUUGUCUGAUUGUUGAAUUUACAUAAUUUCAUGAACACAUGUACCAGUCCUGUAUUUUAGAAAUCUUAAUAUGAACUGAGAAUUAAUAAAACUUAUGAUGGGGAAAUUUAAAUCUCAAUGACAUUGUUUAUCAUAUCUUAUUAUUUUCAGAAUUAAUUUUUAAUAGCUGUUUAAUAGCAUUUGGUGUUAGAAUUUAUUUUUCUAUUCAUAUUUGAAAAAGUUUUUCUCAGAGGUAACUAUUGCAGAGAGUUCAGAAAUUGUACAAACUUAUUAGUUUGUAAAGUUAGGUGACAUAAUAUUUUGAACACACCUUCAAUUGAUAUAACUACAUUUCUUAUCACAUCACAAUAGGCUUUUGACUCAUAUAAGCAGAUUUUUUUGGAAUUUUUCAAUUCUUGUGAAAUCUUUAAAAUGAAAAAAAGGAGGCGACCAGACAUUAUUUCAGUGGAAUUGCUGGUUUGAGACUUCUGUGCCAUUCCUGCGUUUUAUAAGUAAAAUGGAAUCACAUAGAUUUAUUUAGAAUUGGCAAUGGUAGAUUUAUUUAGAAUUGGCAAUGGUAAAUCUUAAGUUAUGAUUCCAUGCUGUUAAUUAGUUCUUCAACAUCAUCUGAAUUACAGAUUAUUAACAGUACAAAAUAGUUUGUUGAUACAGACUUGAACUGAUGUAUACAGGUUUAUAUACAUGAUGUUUACUGUUUUGAAUAAUAGCUCUACCGUAACUUUAAACCAGGAAUGUCGAUAUGUUCUUAAAGUUUUAUGUUGUAUUAAAAGAAACAUCUGGUGUACUGAUAUCCGCGUUACUCAAAGCUGAUGUCAGAUUUAGUAUAGAUGAGACCUGUGAUAAAUAUUCAUGAUUACUAAAUAGAAAUAGUUUGGCUGUGAUUUUUUUUUUUUUUUGCCAGUUUAGAUGUUCACAUUGUUAAACAAGCACUUUGUCAUUUUUAGCUCACUGACUGAAGGGUGAUGUGGGUUAUGCUAUGGUGUACUGUCUGUCAUCUGUCAGUCCUGUGUCAACUUUACCAUUUAAACAAUUGCUUCUCAAUAACCAGUGACCCAAAUGAAAUGGUAUAUUUUUGGUAGGUUGCUGGAAGGAAACUGAACAUAACUUGUGAAAAGAAAUAACUAUGAACCGUAUUCAAGGUCAAAGGAGUCAAAUCUGUUAACAGCAACUUCUUCUUACUAACCAAAAGACACAGAAGUAUGGUAUUUAGUUGAUUGGUAGAAAUUGAUUUGAUACGUCCUCUUUGAAUGACAAUGGUGUACAUGUUAACUCCGAUUCUAUUUUUGAUGAACACUGAACAUCAGGUGAGUGAUGGAGGCCCAUUCGGCCUCUUGUUUGGUAGAUGGUAUGGGUUAAGUGAAAGCAGCCCGGCAAGGGAAGACAACACUGCUGUUUUUGGUAGACAUCAGUACAGGGGAGAUAACAGUGUUGGUUUUUUUGGGGGGUAAACACCAGGUAAAGGAUGAUAAUGCAUUUGAGUUAGACUAGUUGUGCCUGUAUUGGUUGUAAGUUGUGAUAUAAUUGCUGUCCUGGUGGUUUUUAUGCCCUGCAUUUUAAUAGGGCCUUCUUUUUAGUGUAAUCUGUGUCUCUCCUGUCUGCUGGUGUCCUGUCCUGUUUUUAAUUGAUAUCAUAUUUUGAGAAUUUCUCAACAGAUUUUGUUUGUGGUUUCCCAUAUCAUAGCAUCAAAUUCUACUGCUGAUCAAAUUCUUGUUUGCAUAGGAGUGGAACAUACAUUUCUUAUACACAAUAUCUAGUUUAUGUAGUGUUACAUAUCACAUGAUUAAAACUAAACUUGUCAUGGUAAAACCACUUCCUGUAUAUACUGGAUAAUUAGCAUGACACAUUAACAAGUUAGACAGUUCUUAUAAGAAUGAUGUAUUUUUGUACUAUGGUAAAGGGAGAAGUUGUAUACAUAUAUGAGAAAGCUGUGUGAGAGAAGGUCUGAUUUAGUAUUGGGUCACCUGGUCAUUAAGGACCAGCAUGCUCCUACAAUGAAUAAAAAAAUGCACUUCAAAAAGAGCAAUAAUUGGUAAAGAUGUAAAGGGACAUUUGUAGUUUUUAUUUUGUCAGCAUUUUGAUAAUUGUCAGAUUUUUUGUGAUUAGAAUCAGAUCAAUGAGAUUUAGUAAUCACCUGAAUACAAUCUAUAGUUAUAUUAUAAAGAUCUAGAUUUGAAUUAGUGGGAAUCUAAUAAUUGGUCAAGUUUUGUACAGAUUUAUUGAUUCUUGAUAACUGGUUCAAGUCUUGUUCAGAUCUAAUACACGAUGAAGCAUUAUAAAAUCUAGUUUGUUAUGUCAUUGUUGACAAAUCCUUGGUUGUGUAAUGUGUUAACAUUACAAUGUUGGUUUUAAAUGUAUCGACUCAGUUUUCUUACUUUACAUUUUGUUUAGCUUGUAUGCAUAUGCUGCAACAAUGAGAUACUUUCUGUUUCAUUUUUGAAAGAUAGUCUUAAGGUUUAUUCUGAAAGUUUAUUCUAAGGAAUGUAUUACACAUGGAGACACUAAAUUUAUUGUUGUGAGGGGACUAUGUAAUUGUUUAUAUAUCUUGUUAUUUAUCUACUCAAUUAGAAUGUAUUUCUACUACUUUUUUUCAAUAUGUACAUGAAAUGAAAAAUAGUUAACGUGAAGAAUUGUUUACGAAAUAUUUUGGAUAGUCUGGUCUAAAAGCCGAGUGAGCAGCAUAUGCCAUACUGUUGGUGUCUGUCGUCCAUCCAUAUGUCCAUCAUUCUCUACAAAUCCCUACUAGUCAUGAACUACUAAGCGGAUUUUGACCAAAUUUGGUCAGAAGCAUUCUUAGGAAAAAGAAAGCAAAUUUUGUAUAAACCUUGGGUCCCGGCCUUUCGGGGCCUGAUUUGUAGGGCCCAAAAAAGGGAACUGAGCAAACUCUUUAAAAUCCUACUUCACCUAAAGAAAUGAUUGGACUUUGCCUAUAUUUGGUCUGAAGUAUUUUUGGGUGAAGGGUAAUCAAUUUUGUAUAAAAGGUUGGUCUUGGCACCCUAAGGCGAGAACGAAAGGACCCAAUAGGUGAAAUAGAGCAAAUUCUUUAAAAUCCUACUUCUCCAGUAGGAAUCACUGGGUUUUGCUGGAAGCAUUCCUUCGAUUUUGUAUAGAUUUUUAACCUGUGGAUGGGAGGGGCGGGGCUCACUAGAGGAAAUGGAAUGAAUUCUUGAAAAUCCUACUUCUCCGAUACGACUGGAUUCUGCCCAUAUUUGGCCUGAAACAUUGUUGAGUAGUGGGGAAUCAAUUGGUAAAUGAUGUGUCUCAACACCUUGGGGUAGGAAGGCGAGGACCCAGGGAAUUAGAAUAAAUACUUCAUCUUGAGGCAUGGGAGGAUUGUAUCUAUGUUUGGUCUGGAUUUUGGGGUAAAAUGGGAAAAUAGAUAUGUUAUGUGUUGUGUGCUGGGAUAUUUUAGAUUAGAAUUCUUUUUCCUUUGGUUUUAAUGAAGCAAGUUCAGCCUAGCAAAGUCAGGUGAGUGAAACAGGCCCUAUGGACCUCUUGUUUUAAGAAAUGAACAUGUUUGUAUCAUGGUACUAGAUACCACUCUCAUUUGUAAGUCAUACACCUUCAAGUCAACUCCUUUGAUUUCUUAUGAAAAAGCUCUGAUGACCAUCGAAAUGAUUCAUUUUAUUAUCCAUUAUAAAAUACUAUUAAAAAUGUUUCAUGAAUAUGUCAUUAAUCUGAUGGAGGUUUUCAUUACCAUUAAAUUUAUAUCAAUGACCACUGAUGUUUGACCAUUGAUUUAAGUUAAUGGUAUUUUUAAAAAAAUUUUUUGUGGAAAGAACAUUAAUGAUGUCACUUGAGAGAAUAGUGUCAACAUAACUCCUUUUAUGCUGAAAUUAAUUCUCAUCUAGUAUUUAACAGUGGAAACAAGCUGAUGUUUGUGACGAUACUUAUAAAACAAUAUGAACCAGGGUGAAAUUUUAUAUUUGCCAAAAUUAUUUGUUCUUUACACAUAGUAAAACAAUGUAGAAGGAGCUAUAUACACAUGUAGUCAGUAUCUAGGAUGUUGUGCCCUUUCAGACACUUUUCAGGUACAAUUUAUGUAUUUGAAACACACACCAGGUCCUUUUUACAGUCAAAUGGUGUUUAUCUUACAUAAAGUCCAGGAGGUGAACACACGAUAUCUGACUGAAAACUGGAAGUGGGCUGAUUACAGGCAAUAGAGAUGUCUUUCACCUCAUUUCUAGUAAAACUGCACAAGUUGUCUGUGGACUUGCUUCUAAUCAUGGAUUUAUUGCUGAAUAAAUACAGUUAUUAAUGGUAGUGAGUGACAAUAUUUACCGAAGGAUUUUUCUCAUUAAAUUGUUGUGCUCUUCUUUUUUUCACUUUGUCAUGCCAAAAACAAUAGGUCUUGUUUGUGUACUUUACUGAAUUUUUCUUACAUUUCUGUUGAAUUUCUUUGUCAUCUUGAACACAUUUUCAGUAAUGAAUUACAUUCUAACAUGUGCCUUAUUUGUAUAUCCACGCAUCCAGUACUGAUCUCAGUACCAAUGAAAUGCUGUUUACUUUCAUUAUCUGUAUCUGAACUGACUUGAUGUUGAAUACUGUAUUUUAAUUUCAAAAUCUGUCCAAAUUAGAAAUGUACAAUGUUUAGGAUAAACUAGUCUAAGAAUGACAAUAACUGAGAAAUGAAGUAUUUGAUAUGUUACUAGUUAUGUGUUUAAACACAUUGAAAUGUCUAGUUAUCAAUAAAUAUAUACAUGUAUAUGCAACAUUUUUGGUCGCCAUUUGUACAGUUAUUUCUGCUGUUGUUGAUGCCAAAAUCUAUUUACAAAUAACCAGGGCAAUUUUCAUGUAUAAGAUUAACUAUCGAUCAACUUUGUUGUAAAUCAGUAAAAGAAUGAACACCCUGUACAAUGUUAGAUUAAGUAGUGGAGAGACUGUUCAAAUGUGUAAAUUGUGCUCAGUAACUCAUUGGACUAUUGAAAUAAUUUCUGAGCAGGUUUAUACUUCUGAUGAUGUAACCUACAUUAGGUACUUAAAUAAUGAGCAUGCACAACACCCAAGUCUUUCUAUAGGGUAAAUCUCCCUACAGUGUUGUUAUUGGAAUAAAUGUCUCCAACAACACCAGAAUAUCUCACUGCAAUCUUCCUUCAUUGAAAUCUGAAUGAGUUAAGAAUUCUACAUAGUUUAAGUUGCACUAUACACCAUUGUUUUUUGUUAACAAAGUUUAGCCCCUGUUUUCAGAUAGGAUGCCAGAAGUCUUUUUGAAUUUGGACAUUUGAAGUUUUGUACACCUUAUUUUUCUUUGCUAGAAUGAUCAACAUAAUACAUUGUACAUUUAAUCUUAAGAAUAUAUUUACAGAUAAUGAUGGAUUACUGCAUGUUUACAGAUAAUGAUGGAUUCCAGCAUAUUUGCAGAUUUUUUUCUGUCAUGGAGCAACAAUAUUUAUUAUUGCUGACUUCAAGUAUGGACAUAUUAAUUAAAGCAAAAAAAACUUGGAAGUA